GUCGGUUCUACGGGGGUGUAAGAAUGUUGAAGUUAGCCCCAGACAACGUAUGACGUACCUGGUGGACGUGCAUAUUGAGCACAGUCAGGAAAGCGUACGGAUCGCUCUCCUUGCCAUCGCACUUCACAGUUGUUCCUACAAGGGGCUGACCGAGAACCAGGUCUGCAAGAUCAGCGAUAGGCAGCUUCUCUGCAUCGCCCUGAAAUAAUUGUGUUGCAAGACGUUUCAACGCAAGGUAGUCCACGUCUGGGUGUGGGUCGAAAAACUCGAAGUCCACAUCCACGAGACUCUACUAAUCGGAAGUCAGAUAUCGUUGAUCGUUCAACGACUUGUCCAUACCACGUCGCUAUCAUCGCCUUCUUGAUCAUUUGUAUUCGUUUGCUUGCGUUUAGGCAUGAUAGGAAGUUUGGAGAUGGGAAGACGGUGAGGGUACGUUCACGGUUUUUGGAAACUCAAAAACGGGCACACCAGUCUCGCUUGCCCAGAAAAGGCAGGCCAAAGUCGCGUCGGCCUUGAGGACGACUCCGUUCGUCGACUUGACACAGGCCAGUAUUGCUCAAAUACAAACUUAAUCUCUGCACCAAUACUAUCUAGAUACCCUACGCAUUUUCGACCGUCUCUUAAAUUUCCUUCGCGAUUGUUGUGAACGAUUGAACCAUGUUCCCGCCGGAGGAAGUCUAUCCAUUGAGCCGGAAUGACUCAACGGUUUCAGUUGCAUCGACCCAAUAUUCGAUUGAUGAGGUGCUUGUGGAUGCCAUGCAGAAAUAUGAGGAAGACGAAGUUACCACACAUCACGUGGAGCGUUCUCCUGCCGGAGAUGAAGAUCUUGGGGCAAAGAUCAAGUCCGGUGAUGGAGAUGAUUCUGAGAUGUAUAGCGGUAUAUCCGACACUGAACUUUUCAACAUUACCCAGCCAGCUGGACCACCCAUCACACCUACACUGACUACAUUAGGGAAACGGCCUUCCGAUGACUUUGAGGGCCCAUGCGAGUCUACGAGGCCGUACAAAGCAUGGAAAGCCUCUACCCCUUCGCCAACUGGGAAUUCCCCCAGUAAGGUUAGAGUUGUUGAUGUCACGCCUGCCAUACUUACAACAGAACAUACAUUAACUUCCUUUGUAACAAAACUUCCAUGGGGGGUUCAAUGGGAGCUGGCGCGACUUGGAACAAAAAUCUUUGCCCAAAGCACAGACAAAGCCAUGCUGCUCAAGGUUCUGAAGGGGCUUCAAAACCAGCCAAACAAUGUUGCUGCUCCAAAAGUUGAGAGGAUAUCCAAACUCCUUGAGAACCAUAUUCCUUGUUCCAGGUGGGAUCUUGACAGGGAGGAAAGGUUUGCUUCUGAAUAUCAGAAGGAAAGCCAGGCUAAGAGUCCAUGGCAUGAGCUGGACAUUGAAGAAGCCAUCCUCAAAAAAAAUCCCCUGGGUUGUAUAGGAUGCAAUGAAGAGGAUCAACAUAUCUUGGCUGCAGGUGCAGAUAGCCCAUACUGGUAUGGUGGCAAAGUGAACUUUGCAGCCACGCUGGAGAAGAACUUCCAUCUCAAGUUGGAGAAGGCCUGUCUCUCCUCAUCAUGCCGGCUCUAUCGCCGCUUUGGAUCAUCAAAAUUUAUACGUGUCUCAAUUCCAGAUGGGGUUGUCUAUUCAGGUGGUGAUCAGGUGGCACAAUUCUUCCAGCAGCCAUUUGUCAUCUUUGGACAUGUUUUUUGUGCAUUCUUCUCAAAGGACAAGGCUGUCUUUCUAUUCCAAACAAAUGAACAUUAUGAAAAUGGAGAAAUAUCUGCUUCUAGCAAAGGUGCUAUUGUGGAUCAGUCUGGAUGCUCACUCUUGGACUUCAUAUCAUGGCACAAUGAUAUUGAGGUCAAUCACAAUCAGACAGCAGCAAAAUGGGCAGCAAGAUUUGCUCUUGGACUCUCAAACUCAGUGCCAGUAUUCCAAAUCAAGUCCAAAAACUACUAUAAAAUUCCAGAAGUCUACUCUCCUUUUCAUAAUUCUAAUCAGAAUGCCAAAGCUCCCAGCAACUUUGAGAUGACUGAUGGAUGUGGUCUUGCAAAUGCUGCAUUCUUCAAAGUGAUUCAGCAAAGAAUGGGCAAAGAUCAUCUUCCCACUGCUGUUCAAUGCAGACUCAAUGGAGUCAAGGGCCUCUUUCUAUUGCAUCCUGAGCAUACCAAUAGUGCUGUGGAUGAGCCUACUGUAUGGGUUAGACCAUCACAGACCAAGAUCAGAUAUCAUUCUGAGGUCCUGAAGACUCCAGAUCCUACUCUCUUCACACUUGACCUUCUGAGGAUUGCUCACAUGUCCAGUCCUGCUCGCCUCUCUGGAGAGACCAUCAUCAACAUGGCAGAGAAUGGAGUUCCAUUCUUCUUAUUCUUGGACUUGAUGAAGAUACAACUUGAAGAGGCUGUUCACAAACUCACUUUCUGGACAGAUUCAUCAUUUUCAGAUGUCAGAAAUCUGGAGAAUGCCUGCAGGCUUCUUCGAUACAAUGUUGAGAAGGAUGGUAGUGUUCCACAGGUUCUUCUCACUCGGCAUAAUCCAGGAACAGCUAGAGUGCAGGGUUUUGUUGCUGAUGAUGCCAAAAACAAGGACAAGUUAGACACUGGAUUGGAUGAUGAGUAUGAUAUAGAUGAGUUGGAGGGAGCAUGGCAGGAGCAGUCUACUGCAUGGUGGGAGGAUCCUGUCAGUGGCUGUCCAUCCUCACUACAUGAGACUGUCUUGGUCUUGCUGGAUGCUGGCUUCUCACCCACUACUUGUGGAUACCUUCGCCAUAAGCUUCGUGAAGUGAUUCAGAUGACAAUCACUAGGCAUACCAACAAGUAUCAUUUUGAUGUUACACAAUCAUGUACAGCUUUUGUUGUUCCUGAUCCUUGUGGAGUUUUGGAACCAGGAGAAGUGCAUAUCAAAAGUUCAGUGAGAAAUCUGGUGAACCAGAAUGGAGACCAAACUGACAUUAUUCUGGGAGAUGUUUUGCUUACAAGACAUCCUUGCAAGGUUCCUACAGAUGUUCAGAAGGCAGUUGCAGUCCACAAGGAGAAACUGUCCCAGUACACUGAUGUCAUAGUUGUGUCUGUCAAAGGCCACAAGGUCAAUGGAGAGAUCCUGGGUAGACAUCUGGCCAGCAUGACUGGAGGUGGUGACUAUGAUGGUGACAAGAUGCAGGCAUUCUGGGAACCCACCAUGGUUUUCACAUUCAAACCUGCAGAUCCCAAAUUUGCUACUGAGCCAGCAUCUGUGAAGGACUGCCUCUCCACCAACAAUGACACUGUGUCAGAAGUGCUUGAUCAAAUUCCUCCAAGUUCAGGCUACCUUCAUCAGAUAUUCCAUCUCCAGAAGUACCUACUGAGAGGGUUAAUUGAUGCCUCCCUGGUGGGCAACUACUCCAAGAUGUGGGAGCAUUCCAUCUAUGAAAAGGGGUAUGACCAUGAAGAUACUGUGCACCUUGCUUACCUAUUUUGUGCCAUUCUUGAUGGUGCAAAGACUGGUGUCACAGUCAAACCUGAGCAGUUUGCAAAGGACAAGGCCAGAUUUCACUUCACCAAAGCCCUGAGAUGGAAAAACCUUGGGAUACCUGAUCCUCAGCAUGUGCCUGUUCCAAGGUCAAAGACACUUCCCCCCUUCAUCAUGGACAUUCUGAGAGAGAAGGUCCUGGAGGAGAAGGCAGCACAGAAUCAGUACCUUGACAAGAUACUCCCACCAUUCAGGGAUGACAUUGCCCACAAUCCCAAUGAUGUACACCUUGCAAAGCCAUGGAUGGAUGCCUGGAAUGGUAUGCUGGAGGAUGAAAAUGAUGUCGACAUCACCGUUAGUCUCCAGGCAAGAGGACAACGAGAGGACCUGGAGAAGAUCAAGUCUCAUGUCGAACAGAUGAGCCAAGAGUAUCGGCGCACUGUGGCUGGGCCCAACUUCACGAAGAUGCCCAUCCAACUUCGCCAGAACAAGCUCCGUGAAUUGACACGAAAGUUUGUUUUCGACCUCACCCCCGAGCACAUGAAGUAUUACAAGCGCGCCCCCAUCGAAUUCGGCCGUGUCAAGGCAUCCUAUGCAUAUGUACAUGACAGGAAGGUGAAGCAUGGCCAGAUGUCGCAAUUCCCAUUUUCCGUUGCAAUGAGACAGCUGUGUGCUAUCAAGGCAGAGGCUAUGGGAGGAGAGAAAGCGGUUUGUGCAAACCUGGCACCUGCUCUGCACUGUCACAAGGCUUGGGUUCCAAAUGUAUGAUUUGAAUGAUAUGUAGAUCCUGGCAGAAUGAAUGAUUGCAUUGGAGUCAGUUGAAAUGGAGAAUAAGAAAUCUAAUAUUGUAUUAUAGGAUAUUGCAAGUAGCUACAAGACUUGGCUUAGGUAUAAGUCCAUCCAGUGAGCUCAGAGUGUAAUGAGUGUUGGUGAGUAUGUAGUCAAGAGAUGACGACAGUGCAGUGAGAGGAAUGCAUUUGAUCGGCCAGAAACCAGAGAGAUAAGAGAGCGCGCGAGGGAGAGAGAAAAUAAGUGAGGGACAAACAACGUGCAUUGUACUUUUACACAUUGAGGAAACUGGGUGGGUUGGGGGGUAUAGCGUUAAAUUGAGAUAAACAGUCAGGGAUAUCAGAUCCAAGAGUGCAUGCACCGACGACCAUAUGCGACGAACUUGAAAGUCAGAAGCGACGACGACAACGCGGGAGGGUAGGGGGUGAGGGCGGGGGAGAAGAAUAACAAACGAUCAGUUGAGUA